CGCCAGUAGAUAGCGCCAAGUUCAAGCUGUUAGCUGAGUUUGGCAUGUAAAGAAUGGCGUCUGGUUGUUUGUUUUCUGUGAUGUUUUAGUUUGUGUGGGCGGCUUGUUGAUGUUUAGGCGUCAGUUCUUAGCAAUAAUAAUAAUAAUGAAAUGGCUUGACGAUCACUGUGUUUCGAACUAAUAGGAAAAGUUUUUAAUACGCCCUCCCUUACGAGUGCCCUAUAUAUUUUAUGGUGAUUGCCUGUUACGUAUUUUACCAGCGAUAGCUAUGUCCCAGCAGUCUGAAGCUAAAAAACAUGUUUGCGUUCUUUGUAACACAAAGCUCGAUACAAAGGAAGAGCUGCAGGAACAUUUUCGGAAACACGCAAAUAAAGAAAUUGAUAACAGAGGCCGUCCUUGUAAGCAGCUACAACCAGCUGCAAAGACAACAAAACAGCCAGUUCCAAAUCGUGCUAGCGCGACAAAGCCAUCUGGAAAAUCAGAUGAAAUAAUUUGUGAUGUGUGUGGGCAAGAAUUCGAAAAUGUCACCAUUGCCAUUCAGCAUAAGUUCCGGAAACAUCCUGAAAGUGCAGCUAAGCACUUCUGCCCAUAUUGUGGCAUGCAGUUUCCUCUUAAAAUUAAUCGUGACAAACAUCUUUCCGACCAUCCAGAUAAGAAGCCUGAGAAGAUGUUUCCGUGUGAAGAUUGUGGCGUUGUUUUCUACAAUGAAGAAGCUCAGUCCUACCACGUGAAGUCAACGCACAAGAGAAUUGUAGCUUUCUUUCAACCAGUGGCUACUCCUCCUCCAAGUAAGAAGAUAAAACUUAAUAAUGCAGGAGAAGCACAGUCUGUCUACUAUUGUCAUUUAUGUGGAUUUGAAUAUAUUAUGAAGUUCAAUUUGCAAAAACAUUUAGAACGCCAACAUUCAGAGGCAGAGAGGAAUAGUGUGCCUGAAGAUUUAAUAAAAUGCACAACGUGUGAUGCAUUAUUUUAUUGCAAGAAAGCAUAUGACAAUCACAAUAUGUAUCAUAAACCAGGUGAUCUCUAUGUGACUAGUGAAGAACAGAGGUUACAGACUGUGAGUCGUGUGGAUCAGGACUUUGAUAUUCGACGGGUUCAGUCAACUGCGGAAAAAUUCAUCCCUACUUACAGGAGGCCUAAGUCAUCUCAGAUGCCAAAGAAGAAAUUGAAGAUCAGUGUUAACAACAAAGUGAUCAAAGAAGAACCAAGUGAGGACCUAUCAUCUAGUUCGAGUUGUGAUUCAAGUGAUUCAGAGAGCAACGUACCACUUAGUCAGCGAUUGAGUAAAACAAAGAAAGUAAACUCAGUGAAAAAAGUGUGACAAAGUGAAAGGGACAGAAGGUAGAGAUUGAAUUACAGCUCACAGUUUUUUACUGAUGCAUUUUUUAUUCAAUGGGUGUAAUUGCUUAAAAAGAAUGAUUGAUUAGGCAUAUAAAUAUGUAAUAUAUCCCAUUUGUGUGUUUAUGUCACGUGUUCAGUUUGUAUUAUUGAAACACACUAUAUGUUUUAAAAUAUAGGCAACAUAUAAUUAUUCCUGAAUAAUGAAAAAUAGAUAUUUUAACCGUUAAUGAUUUAAAAUAGAAAACAAAAUACUUUAUAAUUGUACUUGCUCAUUAUUGAUUGAAAAUAUGUGUAUGGAGGGGAUGCUUUAUAGAAUCUAGCAUAAAUGUGAUGGGUCCUCAGCAAAGAAUGAUUAUACGUCACAUGUUGACGUCUUUGUUGAAAAUGUAACUUUUGUUUUAUGUUUUUAUAAGUGGCUAUAGAUGGACAGACAAAAGGUAUAAUAUCUGGUACCAGUGGUAUCAAGUGACCUCUCACAUAUCACAGCCAUUGUGCAACUGGUUUAAUCAAAUAGCCCUUAAUCUCUUUUUAUUUAAAAUUACUUUAUCUGAAGCACAUAUUCAAGAGUGUACCUUUUAUCAUUUUAAAUGUAAUCAAAUCAUAGUAUAAUUAAUUGUUCAUGUAGAAAUGUAGUCUCCUGAUGGUCAUCCUGUCAAAGAGACGUCAAGCCAAAAAUGGUAGUAAUCUGUUUUAUUGAGACUUCUCAUGAGUAGAACACAAAUAAUAUAUUAUGGUAAAGACUUCAUAUUGUAUGUCUAUGCAUUGUUUGUGUAAUGCACAAAUAAAAUGUGAUCUUCAUGA